UCUCUGGUGGACGGUGGACGUACCUACAUAGUGGGAAUCAGUUCCGAAUGUUUCUGUAAUAUAUUCGUGAAGGAAACAGGAAAUUUGAAUUUGGUUUUAUUACAUGCAAAAUAUGGUGUACUUACACUUUCCAUCAAAUUUAACGGAAGAAGAGUUAAUGUUACAGGCAAAGUAUAACAAACUUAAAAGAAAGAAAAAGGCAUUGCAAGAUUUAAAAGCACCGAAACAAGAAGCUGAACGUGUUCCACAAGCACCAAAACGACCAACAGAAGCAAGAGAUGCCAGAGAAGUUGCUAAAAAGCUAAUAAAGUCUGGAGUGAUUACGGCUCCAAAAACUCCAAAGAGACCGGAGCAAUCGUUUAAAAGGCCGCGUGGAUUAGUGAGAAAGUUAAAUAGUACAGAGAAGACGAUAAGUUCUUACCAGCCAUUUUCUGCGACACAGAUGGAAGAAGAGGAAACGGAAACGGCAAGACCUAGAGUUAAAGAUUUAUACGACAGUUUUGUUAGUGCCCAGGACACGGAGGAACGUGCCAGCGGCGAUACACAAUCACCGGCUAAACAAGAAGCAAAGCCACGUGCUGGAAACACGAUAUUUGUGUGCGGUUACAAAAUCUCUGAGGAUUUCUUGAAAAAACAUUUUCAAACGUUUGGGAACAUUAUAAAUAUUUCAAUGGAGGCGGAAAAAAAUCGAGGAUUCGUGACAUUCGACAAGCCGGAUGCUGCCGAGAGAGCGAUAAGCGAAAUGGAUGGUAGUAUGGUGUCUUCGAUACAGUUAAAAGUAUCGUUAGCACGAAGACAGCCUAUAAUAGAACCUAUGAGCGACGUCACGUCUAGCUCUAUGUGGUCACCAAUCGCGGCAAAUUAUUCCCAGAAAAGUGCGCACAAAGAUAGAAGAGAUUUGAAAGUGUACGAGGAAGAUCUUUUCUCGUGA